UUGCUGGUAGUCCUCCGCGUCGCUAGCGGCGCUCAAUCUCAGACCUCUACAGAGCUCAGCUUUCUACUUCCGGAAGCUUUAUUAUCAAUGAUUUUGUCACUUGAGAGAGAUUAAACACUAUUCUGGUGUUUGUCUUUUGUUUUUGUCAAAAAUGUCCUACAAUUACGUUGUAACAGCCCAGAAACCUACGGCGGUUAACGCCUGCAUCACAGGUCACUUCACCUCUGCUGAAGACCUCAAUUUGCUCAUAGCUAAAAACACACGUUUGGAAAUCUAUGUGGUCACAGCAGAGGGCCUGAGGCCCGUCAAAGAAGUGGGCAUGUAUGGCAGAAUUGCUGUUAUGGAGCUCUUCAGGCCCAAGGGUGAGAGCAAAGACCUGCUGUUCAUUCUUACAUCUAAGUACAACGCCUGCAUCCUAGAAUACAAACAGACCGGGGAGAGCAUUGACAUCAUCACCCGAGCCCAUGGCAAUGUCCAGGAUCGUAUUGGGCGUCCGUCAGAGACGGGUAUCAUCGGAAUUGUAGACCCAGAAUGCCGCAUGAUUGGCCUGCGGCUGUAUGACGGCUUGUUUAAGGUGAUCCCAUUGGACAGGGACAACCGUGAGCUCAAAGCUUUCAACAUCAGACUGGAGGAGCUCCAGGUCAUCGACGUUCACUUUCUGUAUGGCUGCCAGGCUCCAACUGUUUGUUUCAUCUACCAGGACCCUCAGGGACGCCAUGUGAAGACCUAUGAGGUUUCUCUGAGGGAGAAGGAGUUUAACAAAGGCCCCUGGAAACAGGAGAAUGUGGAGGCUGAGGCUUCAAUGGUGAUCCCAGUCCCUGAGCCAUUUGGUGGAGCUAUAAUCAUAGGACAAGAGUCUAUCACCUACCACAAUGGAGACAAAUACUUGGCCAUUGCACCACCCACUAUCAAGCAAAGCACCAUUGUCUGCCACAACCGCGUGGACCCCAAUGGCUCACGGUACCUGCUCGGUGACAUGGAGGGACGUCUCUUUAUGCUGCUGUUGGAGAAGGAGGAGCUAAUGGACGGCACAGUGGUGCUCAAAGACCUGCAUGUGGAGCUGCUUGGAGAGACAUCUAUUGCUGAAUGUUUGACCUACUUGGACAACGGUGUUGUGUUUGUGGGCUCUAGAUUAGGCGACUCCCAGUUAGUAAAGCUCAACGUGGACAGCAAUGAGCAAGGCUCAUACGUGGCUGUGAUGGAGACAUUCACCAAUCUGGGCCCUAUUGUGGAUAUGUGUGUGGUUGACCUUGAGAGGCAAGGCCAAGGCCAGCUGGUGACAUGCUCAGGUGCAUUUAAAGAGGGCUCUCUUCGGAUAAUCCGCAAUGGCAUUGGAAUUCAUGAGCAUGCCAGCAUUGACCUGCCAGGAAUCAAAGGUCUGUGGCCUCUCCGCUCUGAGGCAGGCAGAGAGACAGAUGACAUGCUGGUGCUGUCUUUUGUGGGUCAGACACGAGUGUUGAUGCUGAGUGGUGAGGAAGUUGAGGAGACUGAGCUUCCAGGCUUUGUUGACAACCAGCAGACAUUUUACUGUGGAAAUGUGGCACACCAACAACUUAUUCAGAUCACAUCAGGCUCUGUGCGCCUGGUGCUUCAGGACAGCAAGACGUUGGUGAGUGAAUGGAAGGAGCCACAGGGCAGGAACAUCAGUGUGGCUGCGUGCAACCACACCCAAGUGGUGCUUGCUGUGGGCCGAGCCCUCUACUACCUGCAGAUCCUAGCUGGAGAGCUCAAACAGAUCAGGUAGGACAAAAAUGGGGACU